AUGGCAGAGGAAAAGAGUAAGAAAGCAGAGGAUCUCGCUACCGCAAUUUUGAAGGAAAAGGCGAAGCCGAAUCGCCUGGCAAAAAUGGACGAAUUACAACUUUUCCGUGGCGACACGGUAAUCAUUAAAGGGAAGCGUCGAAAAGACACGGUGUGCAUAGUGUUGUCCGAUGACACGUGUCCAAACGAGAAAGUACGCAUGAACAGAGUAGUGCGUUCGAAUCUGCGGGUCAGAUUGGGAGACAUUGUCAGUGUGCAAGCACAACCGGACGUCAAAUACGGCAAAAGGAUCCACGUGCUUCCAAUAGAUGACACGAUCACUGGCCUUACGGGGAACCUAUUCGAAGUAUUUCUCAAGCCGUAUUUCACAGAAGCAUAUCGACCCGUGAGGAAGGGUGACUGCUUUUCAAUAACGGGUGCCAUGCGAACCGUGGAAUUCAAGGUAGUUGAAACGGACCCUUCGCCGUACUGCAUCGUCGCUCCCGAGACUGUGAUUCAUUGUGAGGGGGAACCGAUCAAACGAGAGGAGGAAGAAGAACGACUGGACGAAGUGGGCUACGACGAUAUUGGCGGUUGCCGAAAGCAGCUCGCGCAGAUCAAGGAGAUGGUAGAGCUUCCGUUGCGACACCCGCAACUUUUCAAGGCAAUCGGAAUCAAGCCUCCUCGCGGAAUUUUGCUUUACGGGCCACCGGGCUGUGGCAAGACUCUCAUCGCACGUGCUGUGGCCAAUGAAACCGGAGCCUUUUUCUUUUUGCUUAACGGCCCUGAAAUCAUGAGCAAGCUCGCGGGAGAGUCGGAAUCGAAUUUGCGUAAGGCGUUCGAGGAGUGCGAGAAAAACGCGCCGGCCAUCCUUUUCAUCGACGAAAUCGAUGCCAUAGCACCGAAGAGAGAAAAGACGCACGGCGAAGUGGAACGUCGAAUCGUUUCGCAGCUCCUGACUUUGAUGGACGGAUUGAAACAACGUAGCCACGUGAUCGUAAUGGCCGCUACCAACAGGCCGAAUAGCAUUGACCCGGCCUUACGACGUUUCGGUCGUUUUGAUCGCGAAAUAGACAUCGGCAUUCCGGAUGCGAUUGGCCGUCUGGAGGUUCUGCGGAUCCACACCAAGAGGAUGAAACUUGCAGACGACGUCGACUUGGAACAGGUACUGCGUCUGGCGUUUAGUUGA